CUGGAAAGAGGGGAAAGCAAACAAUUUUUAGGCCCGCCGUGUCCAGCAAAAAAUAUGAGAAAAAAAUUAUAAAAAAUCCGGGGAAUAGUUGAAAGUGAAGAAAAACGCCGUAGAAAGGAUGUUAACGCUCCCACGGGCCUUGAGUCUCUGCUGUAUUGAAGAUUUGGGCUUUCUCUCUCUGUCUGUGCUGGGACAUAUUGCACGUGUCCACCACAUGGCUUGCUGCCGCUAAGUUGCAAUGGCAACUGUCGCUCCUAAUGAGUGCCCCACCGCGGCAGAGCGCUGUCGAAUGCGGAAGAGGAGGGUGGAGGGGAAAGCAAGGAAGAACUUCUCCUGUCAGUUGUGUGAGAAGCCCUUCAACAGCUUGGAGAAGCUGAAGGUGCACUCGUACUCCCACACGGGAGAGAGGCCGUAUCGCUGUACACACACCGACUGCACCAAGGCCUUCGCCUCCAAGUACAAACUGCUCCGGCACAUGGCCACACACUCGCCAGAAAAGUCACACAAGUGCAGCUACUGCGAGAAGAUGUUCCACCGCAAAGAUCACCUGAAGAACCACCUCCACACGCAUGACCCCAACAAGGAGGCUUUCAGCUGCACGGAAUGCGGCAAGAGCUACAAUACCAAGCUGGGCUUUCGACGGCAUCAAGCCCUGCACGCCGCACACCGCGGAGACCUCACCUGUCAGGUGUGUCUGCAGCCAUACCCAAGCACCCCUCUACUGCUGGAGCACCUGCGCGGCCAUGCCGGAAAAAGCGUUACGGCAACUAAGGAGAAGCGCCAUCAAUGUGAGCACUGCGAGAGGCGUUUUUACACCCGUAAGGACGUGCGACGGCACUUGGUGGUGCAUACGGGACGCAAGGACUUCCUGUGCCAGUACUGCGCCCAACGGUUUGGCCGCAAAGACCAUUUGACCCGCCAUGUCAAGAAGAGCCAUGCUCACGAGCUGCUAAGGGUUAAGGCCGAGCCUGUGGAUUUGAUGGAGCCACGUUCCUCGCCAACGUCUGGGCCGCUUGCUUUGAGAUAUCCGCUAGGUCACGGAUCUUACUCGCCACCGCCGCCCUUGAGGGCGGAGCUUGAAAGUUAUCUCCUAGAGCUACAGGCCGAGGAUACGCCCAAGCUGAGUGCUGCUGCCACAGCGACUGGAGAGACGACGACAUCCCUGGACUUCCUGUCUCCGCUGUUUAACUUCCUGCCUUACAACCAAGGGGCGGGGGCUGCUUUGGGAGUGCCUUACAGCCAGGAGGAGGGGCUACCUCUACUCACGCCCAUGCAAGACAUGCCGGAGUCUCUUAACCUCCUUCACACAACCACGCACUCGCACACGCUCUCACAAACCAACGCACAUACUCCCACUUAUACACACACGCCAACUCUGAAUACAACCACCACCCUGCCUCGCUUCCACCAGGCUUUCCAGUAACCCAAAUAGAUACACAUUUAUUAUUACUAUAGCACUUAAUUACUUUUAUAAUCAACUUAGCCCUUAAUCCAAUUCAAACAACCUGGUCUCAUAGAAUCACGUUAAUAUACCAACAUUUUUCAAAAGGAUGUUUGCGUGGCUCGUUGUACGUAUCACAGCAGUUUCCUGGUGAAAAAAAACACUAGAGGUGCUACAACAACAAAGACUUACUCACAUACUUUCACAAAUAUCAAAAGAAAAACAUCAAACUAUCAGUUCAUAAACAU